AUGGCUCGAAUAAAUGAAGAUAUCGCAGAGCUUCAGGACAUGCUGGAAAUGACCAUCCGGGACAUGGAUGCUCAACAAGCAGAAGCAGCUUUGGAACUGCAGCGCAUGAGAGCCCGCUUGUUGGAUGGGCUUUGUCCAAGCAAGUUACGCCGCAGCGAGCGGUUGAAAGGCUUGGCGAGGCGCUUGGCCAUGCUGGAGCAGAAUGUUGGCCGAGAACAGGCUGAGUGCGUCAAGGUCAUGGAGGCUGUGCUGGCGACAGUUGAAAGGAACGGUGCAGUGGCAGAAGCUGUGUGCCAACACCUGAGUGGCAUCGCCACCACCAGGGCCACUACGGCUGCUCAGAUGCUGCCAGACCCGAACAUUCACCAAGAACUCGCGGCAAAGGCCGCAGAAGUCUGUGGAACUGGUUGGUCACCUGUGGUUGCUCCACCGAGACCUUCCGAAAUGUGCCCAAAGUCGGCUCCUGAGAAGUUCACAGCUCCAAACUCUGUGCCUGAGGGGGACAUUGGCAGCCAGAAAGGCAUUGUUGAAGAGGUUGGCGAUGAGAAUACAGGGUGCUUGGAAUCUGAAGCGGCAAAUCAUUCGUUUGCAGCUUGUGGAGAGGAACAAAUGGCACAAUCCCAAGGUGACAAGGAAGUGUCUGUGCCAGAUGGAGCCACAAGUCAACCGCUGAUAGUGCAGGCGGCAGAAGAAGCUAUGCUUCUAGCCACACUUCCCGAUGUGGCGCUAGAACCCCGCUCUGAGCCCCUAAGAGGUGAAACUCAACGCUCAGAGGAUUUGCAACCGGAAAGCAUCUCCAGUGAGGACAGCUCCAGUGGAAGGCAGGGACAACAUGUGGUGGUGACUCGCGUGUCCGUGUCCAGCAGUGAUGGUGCAAGCAGCAGCAGCAGUAACAGUAGCAGCAGUGAAGAGCCAAGGCAGAAGGGCAAGUGGGACUUUGGGCGUCAUGCAGAGGAGGGAGCUGCCAACUCGACCUUAGAGGCAAAGAUCAGGCAAGAAGUGCGAGCUGAAAGUGCCGAGAGAGUUGAGACAAAGUCCGAGGAUCCUGUAGAAUCGGAGCCAGAUGCUGAUUUGUCCCACUGGGAUCGUUGCAGCUUUGGUUUAGGCACUCCGAAGCAUCUGCGAACCAACGUUCACUUUGCCGACCUGGAUGUGAUUCCUCCAGCAUUGGCUGGAUCUGACAUCUUGGCCACUGCUGAAACAGGUUCGGGCAAGACUGCAUCUUUUCUGUUGCCAACCUUAGAGCGCUUGUGCCAAAGCAGCAGUGUACGUGCACGUCGGAGAGAUGCAGCAGGGCGAUUGAUUUUAGGACCAGUGGGAACCAAGGCCGUCGUCCUGAUUCCUACAAGAGAACUAGCAGUGCAGUGCCACUCCAUGCUUGAAGGCCUAUCCAAGUACACGAUGGUGACUCACCAAUUGGUUGCCGGAGGUUACAUUGCGCAUGACCAGGCAGCCUCAUUGAGACAUCAGCCCGAUUUGGUGAUCGCGACACCUGGGCGGCUCCUGGACCACCUGAUGAACUCACAAUCGGUGCACAUGGAGUUGCUCGAGAUUGUUGUCUUCGACGAAGCUGACAGGCUUUUGGAGAUGGGCUUUCGACAGGAGUGCUUGGAAGUCCUGAAGCGCUGUGCCAAGGGUCGACAGACCAUGCUUUUCUCGGCAACCUUGAAUGCAUCAGUGGAAGACUUGGCUGCUCUUGCUCUUGUUAAGCCGGAGAGAAUCCAUGCGAGUCCGGUGAACGCGGUAGCCCAGACUCUGGAACAGGAGUUUGUCAAAGCACCGAACCCAGAGCUUCGAGAGGCAGCUUUGCUAAGCCUUGCAUCGCGAAAUUACAACUCCAGGGUCAUCAUCUUUUGCUCCACAAAAGAGGUCACCCAUCGCUUGGCCAUCAUCUUUGGCCUUUCCGGUCUCAAGUUUGCCGAAAUUCAUGGGAACCUCUCACAGGGCGAGCGAGCAACUUCGCUGGAGCGAUUCCAAAAUGGCCAGGCAGACUUUCUCCUGGCGACAGAUAUCGCAUCGCGAGGCUUGGACCUGCCGGGAGCCAAGUUGACCUGUGGGGACUGGGGAUCUGAUCUAUAA